AUGUUCUCUCGCUACCUCGAGAGUGCACAGCACGUCUACGCGCACAUCUACGCCAAUAUGCACACUUCCUACUCUUCGCACCUGACCAUGGACGAGAUCCAGCAGCUUCUUUCGACAUACGGCCCUCAGCUGGACCUGGCCUACCACCUUUUGCUCUACGCACCGUUCAUUGCCAGCCCCUUCAAACACUUCUUCACGACCAAGCGCGCCAAGGCCGCCGGCACGCCAUACCCUCCCCUCCUGGGGCACAUCGUCUGCUCGCUCGUCGAAGUCGCCCGCUUUCAGUACCGCCAGCUCACCGCCUGGAGCCGGACCACUCUGAUCCCCACGGAGCUCGACCUCGCACUCUGCAUCAUCAACCUCGUCUGCACAUUCGGCAUCGCCAGGCGAGCGCCCCGCGGCGACGCCCGCUUCAUGCGCCCGCUCUUCCAGGCCAUGGCCCUGAUCCGCUUCAUCGCCACGGCCGCCGGCUACGCCUCCGCCGACCCGACGUGGUACCACGCCAGCGUCAAGUCGCUCAACGGCUUCGUCUGGUCGCGCGUCCUGAUCGACUUCUUCUUCGCCGAGAAGAUCUUUGGCGAGGGCUACUCGGUGGCCUACACGGCGGGCAUGUUCUUCGGCCUGUCGCUGUCCACGAUGGAGGGACGGUAUCCCUUCAGCGGGCUGCUGGGCGUGCCCGUCAUGCUGGGCAUCAUGCUGGGCCUGAUGCUCUUUGAGCGCUCCAUGUCGGAGCGCAUCACACCAAAGUACGUUCCUGGGCUCCUAUUGGGUCUUGACGAUACAAGCGGCUGA